UUAUUAGUUUUAACCAAAAUAAAACUAUCAAGGGGCACGGUAGCGCCCCGAUGGCAAAUAUAAAUUUUUAUACACUGUGCGUUGGGGCGAAGCGCGGCCCUAUUAUGUUUGUUUUUCUUCAAAACAGUUGGAUAUUUUCAUGUGGAAAUAUCUGAAAUGUACUAGUCUUCGCGGCAAAAAUAGAAUGUACUUAGUCUUUGUGGGAAAUCUGAAAUGUACUAUACGACUCUUCGUUAGGCGAGACGAUAUAUACAAUAUUAUGUCCAACUCAAUAUCUUUGAGCAUAUGUAAAUUAACUUUUUGGCUAUAUAUAUAUUCAUUCUAUUUCUUUUGCACGGUGUCUAAGACUAUUUUAAAUUUUACAGUACUAUAAUAUAUUAUGAUUUGAAUGGCAGAGUGUGCUUAUAAUAUGUUCUUGAUCGAAUCUUAAUGUAUACGUAAAUAAUGGCGCGUUAUCAAUUUACUGCCGGUAUGGUAAUAAACCGUAAAAAAAUUCUUGUUUGCUGUAUUUAAUAAUUAUAACAGAAUUUUGACAAACUUAUAUAACGAUACUAUAGUAUAGCGUAUGUGCAGAGCUAAUUAUACUAAGAAUGGUAUUAUUACUCCAAAAAUAAUAUACCAUUCUUUUCUUUUUUAGUUACUGUUGUUGUACUUUUGUUUAUUACUGAAAGUAAUGCAGGUAUGAUAUUUAAUGUAUUACGAAUAACAAGUUUCAAUAAUUAUCAUAUAUAAGUAAGGAGUUCUGUACGAAUUAAUAUUUAUUAAUUUGUAGUAUUGCGAGCGGCAAGGACUUUUAUCAUAGAUAUUAAUGCAAAUUGGCGGUUCGGAUGUAACAAGGGUCUAGCAAUUGUUUCAGAACCUGAAGAUUUAAUAGUAAAGGGAACUUUAUAUUUCAAAAAUAACAAUGAUACAGAAAACGCGUUUAGUGCAGGGUUAACAAAUUUUAUAAUAUACGAAAGAACCAAAGAAGGAAACUAUUACAAUUUAAUCAAUUGUAAAAAAUUUAAAAAAUUAAAGAAGACGAUUGAAGAACCUUUCUUAAUUGUGUAUAAGAAUUCUGGAAUUGUAGGUUUUUUAUUUAAUGCAGUAUAAGCAAAUAUUUAUUAUCGAUAGCAAGUAUAUAAUUUUGAUCCAUCAAAGAUUUCAGGUUUAAAAUUUAGUAAAAAGGACACAGAAUUCACCAAAAGUCUGAAGUACACAGUUGCUUCUGAGAUACAGUUUGAUUUAGGUAAAUUAGAAGAAAAAGGUGUAUCUAACUCUACGUUUAUUACUGAAGAAAAAACUUCCUUAGGAUCAUGCCCAGUUGAAUACAAUACUCAGGCCAAGCAUAUAUCCGAUGAAAAAAUUGGAUACAACAUUAUGAAAAACUUGUUAGAGGACAAUUGUACACGAAAAAACGAUAAUAAUAGUAUUACUUCUCCAGAUUUUUGCAAUGAUCCUUCAAAGAUGAAAGCACAUGCUACUCAUAAGUCUGAAUUUGAUGUAGCAUUUAAAAAUAAAACAGGAGUAUUUAACAAUGCGAAACUUUUUAUCGCAGCGAGCUCAAUACCAUUUAAAGCUAUAUCAAACACUUUCAACGCGUUUGUAACACUCGACCUAAAACUUAAUGGGAUGCUGCAGGAUGGCAGUCUUUUUCCAGAGUUUAAAGAUACUGGUACAGAACUGGUAAAAAGUUUGCAAGAGACAAAGCUCAACGAAUCAAUUCUCAAAGGAAAAACAGGCAAAUCUGAAAAAUUACAAAAAGUCUAUGAUGCUUUAUCUUGCCUAACUUGGCUACCAACAACAUUUCAUCGUGACUUAGUGGAGCUAGCUUUACAAUGCCGAUGAGACUGAUAAAAAUAUUCCACACACAUGAAUAUUGUAGUUUUUAUACACAUAAUUUUAUUUUUGCAUGAAACACGUUUACUCAUGACAGAAGGUUGUAAAACUUGUACGAAACUCGAAAUCGCUAUCGUAAUAUUGAGCUUGGCGUCCGAAGUUUUAAUUGUUUUAGAAAUUAAUUAUUAUUUCAAUUUUUUUAUAAUAAAAAAUAUGUGCGA